GUGUGAGACGGAAAGUCAACCAAAGUUCUUGGCACAUCGAUAAAACAAAAGACAGCGACGAAACAGCAGUGACGAAAAGGAAAAGACAUACUGGCAUAGGAUUGAUCGUUGUGUUUGUUGAGUACUAGACCCACAGGCAACAGAACAUAGAAGUAAAAUGGUCGAGAAACUGUUUGGACAUUGGAAACUUCAACAAAAUGAAAACUUCAACGAGUACAUGAAGGCCAAUAACGUCAACGUGGCCUUGCGUGCAGUGGGCAAAUCCAUCACAAGCUACGAGGAGAUCAAGCGAGACGGUGACCACUGGACCAUCCACAUCACAUCCACCUUCAAGAACCAGAAAAUCGAAUUCCAGCUCGGUCAGCCCUUCACAGAGCACACACUAGACGGCCGGGAUAUGACCUCCACUUUCAGCAUAGAGGGAGAUAAGUUAGUUUGUAUACAAGAGCCUAUCAACAAGAGUGAUAUCCCUUCACGGUUUGAACGGGAAGUCCUAGAUGACGGAAGGAUGUUGCUGACGUGUAUAUCCAUACCUAAGAACGUAGUGGCCAAGCGAUACUUUGUGGCGCAUACACCAUAGAGGACUCUUCUUUCAACCACACGCCAUAGACGACCUUUGUUUCAACCACACGCCAUAGACGACCCUUGUUUCAACCACACGCAGCAUGAGACCCUUGUUUCAACCACACGCAGCAUGAGACUCUUGUUUCAACCACACGCCAUAGACCACCCUUGUUUCAACCACACGCCAUAGACCAUCCUUGUUUCAACCACACGCCAUAGACGAUCCUUCUUUAAACCACACGCCAUAGACGACCCUUGUUUCAACCACACGCCAUAGACGACCCUUGUUUCAACCACACGCCAUAGACGACCCAUGUUUCAACCACACGCCAUAGACGACCCAUGUUUCAACCACACGCCAUAGACGAUCCUUGUUUCAACCACCCACACCAUAUAUGACUCUUGUUUCAUCUUAAUACGCUUUUAUUAAUAAAAUGUUGUCUCU